GCAGCAGAAGAGGGGAAGGCAUGGCCCUGAUAUCUGGGUCACAGGAAUCAGUGACAUUCCAGGAUGUGGCUGUGGAGUUCACCAGGGAGGAGUGGCAGCACCUGCACCCUUCUCAGAGGGACCUGUACAGGGAUGUGAUGCUGGAGAACUAUAGGAACCUGGUCUCCCUGGGGCUUCCAUUUUCCAAACCAGAAGUGAUCUUCCAUUUGGAGCAAGGAGAAGCAUUAUGGAAUGCAGAAAAAGAAGUUCUAAGAAUAGUCAACCAUCCAUAUUCCCAGAGUCCAGAGACUAACUUUGCUACCUUGGAGUCAACUACAAAUCCGAGCAUUUCUGUGGAACAAUCAUUGCAGGAAAGAUGGAGAAGAAAGAUUCCUUGGGAUUGCAAGUUAGGAAAAGUCUGGGAAUGUAAUGUCAGAUUAGAGAGGAAGGAGGAACCUUCCAAGCAAGUAACAGUUACCCAAAGGAAUGCCUCUAAAAUGUCUACUGUCUGUGAAUAUAAUAAAUUAAGGAAAAGUUUCAGUCUGGAAUCAGCCCUUAUUUCACAACAGAGAGGAAAGAACUUCUAUAAAUUCAGAAUAGCUGGAAAGAACAUAAAAUGGCAUUCAAGCCUAUUAAAAAAUAAUAGAAUCUUCUUAGACAAGAAACUUUGUACAUAUUAUAAAUGGGAGAAAGACUUCAGUCACAACUCUGAUCUUGCUCAGCAUCACACCACAUCUCAUGGAGAAAAACUUUAUGAAUGCAGUAAAAGUGACAAAAUAUUAAUUCAGAGUGCAGAU